AUGAGGACCAGAAGGUCAAAUCGCACAAAAAAAUACACGCUCGACAAGUACGACUUCCUCAGCUCUGGAGACGAGAGAGAACAGACUCCAAAGCGUCGCAAAACUGUAGAUGACAAUGACGACAAUUUUGAGGCGCCCGCGGAAGAGCGGAGCGCUGCAGAGGAGGAUGAAGAUGAGGACGAAGAGGAUGUGCAGAUGAAUGAUGAUAGCGCCAGCGAAGUCAAUGCGAGAGAGAGGCCCUCUCGCCAGCGCCCCAGAUCAACGAAACCCCCCAGGCCCUCGGAUCCUGGUGAAAUGGAAGUGACGGGAUAUUUGGACAUCGAGCUCAUCCCUCCAGAAGGUCAGCACAAGGGAUAUGUUGGGCCGUACGAGAGAGGAAUGCGCGGCAAGGCGCUGGCGAGGACCUUGUAUGGGCCUCAGCCUGAGCGCAUAGAGAUGGCUCACACGCUGCUGGAACGAUGGAGCGGAUGGACGCUGUAUCCGCCAAAGGUGCCGCAGGGCGAGGAUGAACCGACAGACAAGGGCUUUUGGAUCUCUGGUGGCCUUGAGAAGGAAGCCCGUCUUGCCAAACAGUGGUAUGAGCAAGUGAGCAAGGGUCUGCCAUCUGACGAUGUGUGGUCAGAAUUAUCUCCUGAGGAGUCUGUGAUGUACCGAUUUCCGCAGCUGAGCAUGCCUGUUUUGACGGGACCGCAAGAAGAGCAGCAGGAGAUGCUGAUGGAGCCAGGGACCAGCUAUCCUCUGUCGCAAAGCAAUAUCCCGUUUGAUCAAGAUGAAGACGAGGACAAGGUUGAAUGUGGAUGGAUGCUGGAUGUUGGCGGCCUUGUCUUGGGCAUGGACUGGGCGCCGAGACGAGACAAGAACCCGAAACAGCUGCUUGCCCUGGCCGUCAUACCCCAAUCCGACCAGGACUUUUAUAAUUACGAGGAAGAAUCUGUGAAGCCUGGUUUUCAGCAGCAAGGUAUUGUCCAGAUUUGGGAGUUUAAGAGUACCAAGACAGAUGAGGGAUUCACUCACUACGGAAGGGCUCGAAGGGUCAAAUGGAGCCCUUCUUGUAAUCACGUUGCGGUCCUCUCGAGCGACGGAAACGUCUAUGUUGCGGAUGCUGGGGAUCUUGAUGGCGACGAAGAGGGAGCCUACUACAAACUAGACAAGCCGUUUGCGGUGCUCAACUUGAUUGACGAAUACAGCAUAAAGGCUACUGCAAUAGCGUGGGUCAAUUGCAAUCGAAUGGCCGUCGGAUACUCUGACGGGUCGAUUGCCCUAUGGUCGAUAUACCCGCAGCGUCUCCUGUCUCGACAUCCAGUCCAUCACAGCGACAUCAUCGACAUGGUGUCUGGAUACCCAACAUUACCAAAUAUUAUCGCUUCGAUUCCAGUGGGCGGCACCGCCAGAGUCAUUGAUCUCCAAGCUCCAAGUUAUGAAACGACUGAAGCCCAAAGACCAUUGGUACAUACACAGCCAGGUCUCUUGGCUUACAGCGACCAUCUUCUUGGUUUCUUAUCCAUAUAUCCAUCUGCUAGUGCGCUGAAUACGAUUAUUGGAUUCUUACAUCAUGCGCAUUUCCCUGUAUGCCGGAGGGUGUUUACAGGAGAUAGCUUUCUAACAUGCCUGGCUGUUGGACGACUUCACCCCUUUUUGCUCAUUGGUGCAACAGACGGUUCUCUAUGGUGUCUCAACGCACAAACUGAGGUCUUCAGCAACCGUCACGAGUCAACAGACAAGAUACGAGUCUUUCAACAUGAGCACCGGCCAGGACAUCUAUUCCCUCCGGACUCUCCAGCGGCAGCUCGCGGCGUCUGUCGCAUCCUGCACGGCUUUACAGUGGACAGGAACAGAAACUCAAAACCAGAGGCAAAACUGAGCGCAAAGAAGGGCAAGAAAUUACGGGCUAAGGAGCCUGCUGAGGUUGCGGUAGAGGAGGGAGAAGGCGAGGAGGACGAUGACGAAGCUGGCGACUUGACUGACCCAUUUCGCGCCACUCUGCAUGAGGCACUGACAAGAAUCACUGCCAUUGAGUGGAAUCCCAAUCUAGAUCAUGGAUCUUGGGCGGCGGUGGCCAUGGGUUCGGGACUUGUACGAGUGAUUGAUUUAGGGCUGGAGAAAUACCCCGAGGCGUAA